UGAAUUUAGUCUUCAUAACUGUAUUGAUCUUUUAAUCACUGUUAAAUUAAUACAUUGAGUUCAUUUUUGUAAAUUUCGUUAAGAAGACUUCCAUAGACAUUUUAAAGAUUUUUGUGGAUUCUUCGAAGUUCUUGUUAAAUUUGUUUUAAUUUGUAUCCAAAAUUCACCAGGGGUAUUCCUUAUGUGUCCAAGAUGUGGGCAGAGCGUAAAGUCCUGAUUGCUGAGGAACUUGCCAAGGGUCGUUAUGAUAUUGUGUCACUUCAAGAGUGGCAUAAUUGGUAGCGGAGUAUGUGUCUUCUCUCGCUAUCCGAUUAUUGAUGCCUUCACUUAUCGUUAUUCUUUGAAUGGCUAUAUGUACAACAUCACUCACGGUGACUGGUUUGGUGGAAAAGCUGCUGGAUACUGCCUGAUAGAUCAUCCUAAACAGCCAAUUCAUUUCUUCUCUACUCAUAUGCAUGCAGAAUACAAUGAAAGCAGACAGUACCUACCCCAUCGGACAGUUCAAUCUUACCAGCUCUCUCAGUUCAUUCAACAUUUGACGCAGCCUACUGAUACUGUUAUAGUUUGCGGGGACAUGAAUUGUGAGCCAUCCCAGCUGUGUUACAGAGUCAUCAAGGAUGUUACUGGUUUGGUCGAUGCUUGGGACAAACAUGGAAAAGUGAAGCCUGGUUGCUGUGGAAACACAUCAGAUGUCAGCCACAACACCUUUUCAGGAGACAGAAAUGCAAGCAACACUCUUAAGGGUGGACCAGAUGAUGGCCACAGAAUCGACUACAUUUUCUAUCGCUCUACCCAGGGAAGCUUAGAAUGUGUAGAUUGUGAAGUUACCAUGGGACUCAUUCCAGGAAAGAACUUCUCCUUUUCAGACCAUGAGGCUGUUGCAGCUUCAUUUGUGGUGAAAGAGUCAGCUUUAAACAAGACAGAUUCUAUUCACAGAACAGGUCCAAAUGUAAAGAAGAGUCAAGAAGCCCUGUCCGACACAAAGAAAGUCAUCUCUAAAGCAAUUGACAAUUUAUCAAGUCAAAACUACUUCCAGAUCUUUAUUGCCUGUGCCAUGUUGUUCUUUGUCAUAUCACCUGUCUUUUUUCCAGUGGGUGAGCACUCUCCUCUAUCACUGCACCACGUUGCUGGCAAGAUCUUGUAUCUGGUUCGCAUUUUUACAACUGUCAUUCUCUCUGGCUUUAUGUUCUAUUUGAUACUCAAUACGCGAGAUGAAUACAGUGCAUACAGAAGUGUGCAGCAGAUGAUUGCCAUACAGUUGAAUCAGAUAAGCCCUAGGAAAUGAAUGAACUGCUUGACAGUAAAGUAAUGUGUAAUCUUUCUAACUAACCCUUUGGAAAGUGUCGUUAUCAGUUUUUGCUUGCCAAUCUUCAUUGGGACUAUCGGGUUUGAUCUAAAUAAGAUUACUUUUAGGAAAUCAAUUAUGGUAGCUCAUUUCAAGUCAUGUACUUUAAAAAUAAUUAUUAUAUUGCUUUUGUUUGUCACUGAUAUAAUGCAUGCUCUGAUUGGCAAAUUGCAGGGUA